AUGAUUUCGGCGGAAGAGCAAAAGACGAUCAACGAGCUCCAGGCAAAUUGGAUCUGGGUUCCAAACUGGACUGACUCUUCAAACACGAACACAGCUGGCAAGAUAGUUCACUUCACAAAGUUUGUUAAUUUGUCAUCGCGACCGACAAAAUCAGUACUAUAUUUCUCAGCCGACACGCGUUACAAGCUCUAUGUGAAUGGGAAGCAUAUUGCCGUCGGGCCGACUCGCAGCAGCCCUUUGAUCUGGUACUAUGAUACGCUAGACAUUUCACCCUACCUGAAAGAGGGACGCAAUAAGCUUCGAUUUGUGGUUGUCCGUUACUUUGCUGCUUCUAGGAGCGCAAUGCCCUUUGUACGGACGGCUCUUCCAGGCUUAACAGUUAUUGGAAAUAUUGAGACGGGUCAGGAGGUUGUCGAUCUUGCUUCUUCCAAGAAUUGGAUGGCAUCUGUGGAUGAAAGCAUUCAGUUUCCGAUGGGGCUGGUUGACGAUGUGUUUCUUCAUAUCAGCGAGCGCAUUACUCCCACAAACCCCAGUCUUGCUGUGACACCGUUUGCCUAUAAGAUGAAGACCCUCAAUGGCGAUAUUCCGUCCUGGAAUUUGCGUCCACGCUCUAUCCCCAUGCCCGAGUCAACGCCAGCCGUUGUAAACAUCAUCAGAGCAUGUGACAGUGUGGUAGAGGACAGUAAUUGGAUAGCCUUCUUUACUAAAGAUCGUUCUCUUAUCCUUCCUGCGAGCUCAGCUCAUACCCUUGAAGUGCAAGCAGAUUUCCAUUCGACCGCAUUCCUUCGAUGGGCCUUCAAGGCAACCAAAAGCACUUCCCGUAUCAAACUCCAAGUGACAUACUCGGAAGGCUAUGAGCUCGAACCUCGAUCGUACCCUUUCUUCCGCUCCAAAGCCGACCGAUUGAAUGCAAGUGUCGGUCACAUUAUCGGACCAUACGAUGAGGUAACACUUGAUCUUCCGAGAGGUGAAACUGUCGUCUACGAGCCAUUCUGGUUCCGAACCUUCCGUCUCCUGAGGCUCGAAAUCACAACAGGUCCCGAGCCAAUCGAGCUAGUAUCAUUCGAUGCUACUCAAGUAAACUACCCCAUGGCCGUCAAAGCCAGCUGGAAGGAGCCCGGCGAUACCCACAGCGAGAAAAUCUGGGACGUCUCAAUUCGGACAAUGCGAAACUGCAUGUUCGACGGCUACUCCGACUGCCCGUUCUACGAGCAAUUACAAUACUCCGGCGACAGCCGCUCCGUCGGUCUAUUCCACUACCUUCUCUCGGGUGACGACCGACUAAUGCGCCAAGCAAUAACAAACUUUGCCGCUUCAGUCACACCCGAAGGCCUCACACAGUCCCGCUUCCCCUCACACGUACCGCAAGUCAUAGCUGGGUUCUCCUUGUAUUGGAUCCUGCAGGUCUGUGACCACCACUUAUACUUUGGCGAUACCCGCUUCGCGCGAAGCUUCAUCCCGCGCAUCGACGGCAUCCUCGACUUCUUCGAUGCCCACGUUGAUGACCUGGGUCUGGUCAGCGGGCUACCUCAAGUCGUCUGGCAAUACGUUGACUGGGUAACGAGCUGGGGUGCCACCGACGAGCAUCCUGAUAAAGGAGUCCCGACCUCGGGAAGAAAAUCUAACAGACAUACAUAUUUCAGUAUGUUAUAUGCAUGGGUUCUACGGAAGGUUGCUGGUCUGGUGCGCGAUGUUGGUCGCCCGGGACAUGCUGCUGAGUAUGAAGCGAGGGCCGAAUCGCUCAUAGGGGCUAUCCAAGCCCAUUGCUAUGAUGGAACGUUCUUUACCGACUCAACAGCUGAUGUUGCCGACGAGCUGUCGUAUUCUCAGCACUGCCAGGUUUUCGCUGUUAUCUGUGGAGCGGCUAAAACCAAAGACUCUGUGCGGAUCUUGACUGAGUCGUUUACAAAUGAGCGUUUCUCAAAGUGUUCGUAUAUGAUGCGGUUCUAUGCUUUCCGGGCACUUGCGUUGGCUGGCGAGGAUUUGUACGACUCGUUUUGGGAGAGGAUGUGGGCUCCGUGGCGGGGGAUGUUGGCGAAUAACCUUUCGACCUGGGAGGAGGAUGAUGUCAGACAGAGAUCUGAUUGUCAUGCCUGGGGGAGUGUGCCAAUUUAUGAGUAUUGUACUGAGCUAGCGGGUGUUCAGCCGGUGGCUGCAGGUUCAUCCAAGAUAUCUUUCAGGCCUAGGCUUAGGCUGACUGAGGCAUUGGAAGCGAAGGUGGCACUGGGUAAGCAUAAUCUCGCUACGGUCUCGUGGAAGGUCUCUGGGAAUGAGAAGAUCGUGGAGCUUAGGCUCGAGAAGGCGGUUGGGGUUGUGAGUCGAUUGCCAGGAGGCAAAGAGGAAGAACAUGGGGUUGUGGAUCAUCUCAGCUUUGCUUUUAAGGCCUAA